UUGGACAGAGGAGUCGGGGAGAGUUUGGGAAAGGCUUUGGGGGGGAAAAAAGUCACACAAAAAAAACGGCUUUAAAUAGAGAAAAGUACUAAGGAAGCGACCAGCCUGCCUCAGUUCUUGAAAGGUUCCACACUAGACCUUUACCCAGGCUCUGGCCACCUCAUCAUAUGGUACGGACCUAACCAGAGAGACAGAACGAGAGAGGGAGAUAAUAGGUCCUUUUCCUAUUUAUGCCUGCCUAUUGACUAGCUACGUUUGUAAAUCCUCUGGGCUGUUGUGUCCCAGAGGCCUGAUCUUAGCUGAACUUGUUCCCCAAACUGCACUCCCCUCAGUGGGGUUGGUUGUGACCCAGCUCCAGGGUACAUCCCACCUCACGGCAGGCUCUCCUUUCCUGAGCAGCAGCAGCUGUGUCCUGCCUGCGUCCUGCCUCUAUUUCCUGUCCUUGGUGUGCAAGGCUAAGCCUCCUCUCUACACUCCCCUUCCCCAAACACACUCUCUCUCUCCCUGUUGUACACGAUCCAAGAAGACGACUCGUCAAUCCCGUAACUUCCUGGUACAUUUCUCUCUCCCUCCACUCCUUCUCACCCCGGACAGCAGCACCAUGACCUCUAUGUCCAGCCUGUUCUCCUUCACCAGUCCAGCUGUGAAGCGUCUGCUGGGGUGGAAGCAGGGGGACGAGGAGGAGAAAUGGGCUGAGAAGGCUGUUGACGCCCUGGUCAAGAAACUGAAGAAGAAGAAGGGAGCCAUGGAGGACCUGGAGAAAGCCCUCAGCAGCCCAGGGCAACCCAGUAAGUGUGUGACCAUCCCUCGGUCUCUGGAUGGUCGUCUCCAGGUAUCCCAUCGUAAAGGUCUCCCCCACGUUAUCUACUGCAGAGUGUGGAGGUGGCCCGACCUACAGUCUCACCACGAGCUCAAACCUCUGGAGGUGUGUGACUACCCCUUCGGCUCCAAGCAGAAGGAGGUCUGCAUUAACCCCUACCACUACAAGAGAGUAGAGAGCCCAGUGCUGCCUCCGGUGUUGGUGCCUCGCCACAGUGAGUUCAACCCCCAACACAGCCUCCUGGUCCAGUUCAGGAACAUGACUCACAACGAGCCCCACAUGCCCCUGAACGCCACCUUCCCAGAGUCCUUCCAGCAGCACAGCGGGGGCAGCGUCACCUCCUUCCCAAUCUCCCCAAACUCCCCCUACCCUCCCUCCCCAGCCUCCAGCGGAGGGGUGGGCACCUACCCCAACUCUCCUGCCAGCUCCGGGCCCUCCAGCCCCUUCCAGCUUCCAGCUGAUACCCCACCCCCGGCUUACAUGCCCCCUGACGAGCAGAUGGGACAGGAGGGGUCCAUGGAGACCAGCAGCAGCGUGCCCAGGAACAUGCCUAGUGGGGAUGUGCAGCCAGUGGAGUAUGAGGAACCGAGCCACUGGUGCAGUAUUGUGUACUAUGAGUUGAACAACAGAGUGGGUGAGGCCUACCAUGCCUCUUCUACCAGCGUUCUGGUGGACGGCUUCACCGACCCCUCCAACAACAAGAACCGCUUCUGCCUGGGGUUGCUCUCCAACGUCAACCGCAACUCGACCAUAGAGAACACACGCCGCCACAUUGGCAAAGGCGUCCACCUGUACUAUGUAGGAGGUGAGGUGUAUGCAGAGUGUCUUAGUGACACCAGUAUCUUCGUUCAGAGCCGUAACUGUAACUACCACCAUGGUUUCCACCCCACCACGGUGUGUAAGAUCCCUAGUGGCUGCAGUCUGAAGAUCUUUAACAACCAGGAAUUUGCUCAGCUACUGGCCCAGUCUGUGAACCAUGGCUUUGAGGCUGUCUACGAACUGACCAAGAUGUGCACCAUCCGCAUGAGCUUUGUAAAGGGCUGGGGAGCUGAGUAUCACCGACAAGAUGUCACCAGCACCCCCUGUUGGAUAGAAGUGCACCUUCACGGCCCUCUGCAGUGGCUGGAUAAAGUGCUGACACAGAUGGGCUCUCCUCUCAACCCCAUCUCUUCAGUGUCUUAAUGGUGCCCCCCAUACCAGACUCUCGACCCCGUCUCUUCAGUGUCUUAAUGGUGCCCCCCCCCCCCCAAGACCAGACCAGCCAGGCUGGGAGGUUCUUUUACACAUUUUUAAACAUUUAUUUUUAUGUUUUAAUGAGUGAAAGGAGAUGUUAAAAGGCUGAACUGUUUACAGUAUCUGGCUGCAGAAGGGAUGUUGAACCCAGAGCAGCAGAAUUAAAGAAAGAAAAAAAUGGAGGCUACAAGCAGAAGAUAAAAGUAAAACCUACAGAAGAAUAUUCAGAGUAGCGGCACAAAAUAAUGGACAAAGUACUGCUCUGAGUCAUCCACUACCAACCAUGUGCUUAUUCUAUUGAGAGUAGUAGGACUGGAAAGCAUUUACCUUACUUUAUAUUUUUAAUAUUUUUUUUAAGGAUUUUGCAUAAAAUGUUUUAAUGAUUUUCUUUUGGUAUUUUUUUCGGUAAGAAAAUAAUGAAAUGUAUAUCACUACUACUACAAAUUUACCACAGUCAAACUACUUGUAAUUUUACUUUGUAAACUUUUUUUUUCCUUUGCCAUGUUUUCUAAUGACAUAUUUUACAUCUUAAGGUAUAGAUAUCAUUAUGUUUACUAUUAGACUCAGAUCUCAUGUUUCCAUUUUAUAGUUUCUAUCACUAGAAAAACUUGAGUUACUGCCAUUUUUAAAUAAAGUAUGUCUAACUGAUAACUAUGAUAUGAGUUCAUUACUGAAUGUUUUGAACAGGUGACAAAGCUAGAAACAUCACACUUCUCAGAGGAGAACUCAUCAAUAAAGUUGUCAAUGGUGCUGGGUCGA